GGAGGACAUUUCUUCUUUCUCAUCAGAGAGCGCGCGCGACAUUGUUUUACAAACUUCCGACCCGGAAGUGGGAAAUGUAUGGGACGCCCUUGAUGAUGAAUUGCUAAUGAAUGUCUUGAAAAUAGUCUCCUUCCACUGAUUAACUCAAGCCAUGUUAACCCAGGUGAAAGGAGAGAGAGAGAGAGAGAGAGAGAGAGAGAAACAAAUCACUAGCAAACUUUAGCGAGCUCCAGUGAGGUCGUUCUAAUGAAGGAAGUUAAUAUAGUUUGUUUGUUUUUGGUUUUUUUCUGGCUGUAGGCUACAAACUCAUCACACUGAAGCCCAGCUCUCAUUAAACUCAUUAAGGCAUUAAUGGGCUUCAGACAUCUGUUUAAGCAGGUUACGGUGACCGGAGUUUGCAGACAUCUCUAGCGUCCCCCCCCCUUUUUUUUCCCUUGCCUUGUGUCCUUGUCCCUGCCUCCAGCCUGGGAAGAGCCACCCAGCGACCUCUCUGAUUGGACCUGCUGGUUUGUCUUGACGCGGGUUGAGCGGUGCGAACUGGAGGACGUGUUUCAACAGAUGGUUAGGGUUUGGUGUGUGUCAUCACAUUGAAGAAAGGAUUAGAGGAGGAAGGUUGUCCUCCGGGAGCUGUGUGGUCCCCACUUACAGCAGCGCAGCUUCAGGAGAGAGCGCAAAGUGAGGACGCAGUUCUCGCUUCAUCUGCAGCACGACACUUUUCCGCUCUUGUGUGUCAGAUUGGCUUGUGAAAAGCUCCAUAGUGCAGCAGCGUCAUCCUCUCUGUCUUCCAUCAUGAAGCCCGUGUGCCUGGCAUGGCUGUUGGCCUUUGCCCUGGCCUCUCCACUGUCCUGCUCGGCCUCCACCACACGGAGUCAGAGCCUUCGGGGCCGAGUGCAGCGAGACCGCCGCAACAUACGCCCCAACAUCAUCCUCAUCCUGACCGAUGACCAGGACGUAGAGCUGGGCUCAUUGCAGGUGAUGAAUAAAACUCGUAGAAUCAUGGAGGAAGGUGGCACAAUGUUCACUAACGCCUUUGUGACGACGCCCAUGUGCUGCCCGUCCCGCUCGUCCAUGCUGACGGGGAAGUACGUUCACAACCACAACACAUACACCAACAACGAGAACUGCUCCUCUCCGUCAUGGCAGGUACAGCAUGAGCCUCGCUCCUUCGCUGUCUACCUCAACAACACAGGUUACAGGACAGCUUUCUUCGGGAAAUACCUCAACGAGUACAACGGCAGCUACAUUCCUCCUGGGUGGCGCGAGUGGGUGGGGCUCAUCAAAAAUUCCCGCUUCUAUAAUUACACAGUCUGUAGGAACGGCUACAAGGAGAAGCACGGAGCGGACUAUGCCAAGGACUACUUCACAGAUCUGAUCACCAACGACAGCAUCAACUUCUUCCGCAUGUCAAAGCGCAUGUACCCGCACCGGCCAGUUAUGAUGGUGAUCAGUCACGCGGCACCCCACGGUCCAGAAGAUUCGGCGCCCCAGUAUGCAGAGUUCUUCCCCAAUGCCUCCCAGCACAUCACACCCAGUUACAACUACGCUCCUAACAUGGACAAGCACUGGAUCAUGCAGUACACGGGCCCUAUGAAGCCCAUCCACAUGGAGUUCACUAACUUCCUUCAGAGGAAACGACUGCAGACUCUGAUGUCCGUAGAUGACUCUGUGGAAAAGAUAUACAAUGCACUAGUGGACACAGGCGAGUUGGACAACACCUACAUCAUCUAUACAGCAGACCAUGGUUACCACAUUGGACAGUUUGGUCUGGUCAAGGGGAAGUCAAUGCCAUACGACUUUGAUAUAAGAGUCCCGUUCUUUGUGAGGGGGCCAAAUGUGGAACCUGGAACCAGGAACAAUCACCUUGUUUUAAACAUUGAUCUGGCGCCUACGAUCCUGGACAUCGCAGGCCUGGAUACUCCUUCAGAUAUGGACGGCAAGUCCAUCCUGAAGCUUCUGGAGCAGGAGAAGUCUAACAAUAGAUUCAAACUGAACCGCAAACCUAAGGUCUGGAGAGACACAUUCCUUGUGGAGAGAGGCAAAAUUCUGCGCAAGAAAGAAGAGACCACGAGCAGCGUGAGCACAGCGCAUACCAACAGUCUGCCCAAGUACAAGAAGGUCAAAGAGGCAUGCCAGCAGGCCGAGUUUCAGACGCCCUGUGAACAGCCUGGACAGAAAUGGCACUGCGUAGUGGAUGUUGCGGGGAAGUGGCGCCUGCAGAAGUGUAAGGGCAGCCUGAAGGCAGCGUCCAGGAAGAGGGCACGCAGCCUGAGACUGCGCUCCUACAGCGCCCGUGGGAAAGAGUGCCACUGCGAAGACAGAGCGUAUAAAGCGGCAAAGAGUGAACGCCGAGCACACAGACACCUCUCACAGAGCAGCAGACAACGUUACAGGCCGCGUUUCGUCCACACUCGGCACGCACGCUCGCUUUCAGUGGAGUUCGAGGGUGAGAUUUACGCCGUGGACCUGCAGGAGGAUGACAAGCUGGCUGCAGAGCCCCGGCCGAUCAGCAAGCGCCAUUACGAGCCCGAUACCUCCUUUGACCCUGACUUUAAUCUGGAGUCGGAUGAUGCUUCAGAGGAGAUGCUGGCUGAUGAUACUAAUGCUGUCGGCUACCCCAAUUCACUCAAAGUCACACACAAAUGCUACAUCCUGCUGAAUGACACCGUGCGCUGUGAAAGAGAGAUCUAUCAGUCUUCCAAAGCCUGGAAAGAUCACAAGAGUUUCGUCGACCAGGAGAUCGAGCUGCUCCAGGAUAAGAUGAAAAAGUUACGAGAAGUCCGCGGGCACCUGAAAAGCAGAAAGCCAGAUGAGUGUGACUGUGGAAAGAAAAGCUACUAUAGCAAAGAGAAAGAGGACAGAAACAAACCGGAGAGGGUGAAGAGCAGGAAUGGCCGUCUCCAUCCCUUUAAAGAAACGGUGCAGGAGGUGGACAGCAAGGCCCAGCUCUAUAACGAGAUCCGUCGAAGGAAGAAAGAGAGGAAAGAGAGGAAGAGGCAGAGGAAGGGAGACGACUGUAGCCUGCCUGGUCUCACCUGCUUCACCCACAACAACGACCACUGGCAGACCGCCCCCUUCUGGAACCUGGGAGGUUUCUGUGCCUGCACCAGUUCCAAUAACAACACAUACUGGUGUCUGAGGACCAUAAAUGAAACCCACAACACGCUCUUCUGCGAGUUUGCAACUGGAUUCCUGGAGUACUUCGAUCUGAACAGUGACCCUUACCAGUUGAGCAAUGCGGUUUACACGGUGGAUCGAGACGUCCUGAACCAGCUCCAUCUGCAGCUGAUGGAGUUGAGGAGCUGCCAGGGCCACAAGCAGUGCAACCCCAGACCCAAAAGCACAGACACAGCACACAACCUGCAUGGGGCGGGCGCCGACCUUAAGCUGCCCAACUUCACUGAGGACGCCAACUGGCAAGGACUGGCACAACUGUACAGCGUGAACGAGAGUCUGUUUGAGCACAGACACGACUACAGUCCCAGCCUGGAAGACUGGGCCAACUUUGCGAAGGAUGUAGAUAGUAUGUUUGCACUGCUGAGCAAUUUAAAGAAACUGAACCAAACUGAGACGCUGGAGCCAUGGGCAGACCUGGGGUCGGGGGCCGGGGAUCUGGAGGAGUCCAGUGGUGCAGGAGUUGCUGAGCAAGUGGUGCUCACUGUAGGACCUCAAAAACCUACCCCCAUGACCCCUCUGACUCCUCAGUGGACCCAUAAAUCAGCCAAUGAUCUCCCAGAAGGACUUCCUACUAAACCUUCGGACCAUGCCUCAAACCGUUGGGAAGACUUGAGGCCUCAGAACCUGCAGAACGUGCUGGACCGAGAGGACUUGAGCUUCAGCGGGAAUGGACUCACCGAGCUCGAAACGCGCCAUGAUUUUCUGUUCGGCAGCUCCACCUUGGAGACAGAGCAAGAUCUCAGUAGAACAAGAGGAGAAAAAGGAGGACAUAUUACAGAAACUGAGGAGGAGGAAGACAUCUUUGAGGCCCAGAUCUACCUACCAGCCAUGCUUCCAUCCCAAGCAGAGGAGACAACCAUAUCCCAGCCUCCUCUACAAAAUCUCCAUAUGAUCCAUGUCCAAGUGCCCCAUGACCCUCAGGACCCAGAAGGCAGUGGUCUCCCAAUUUCCCCCUCCAGCACAUUGCUCUGAGGGAAAAAAAAAAUGACCUGAAGCCAUUUAUGCUUAGAGACACUAAGUGCUGGAGCUCAGAGAUUGGGCUAAAUAUUGUAUUAUGAGACAUAAUUUUAUUGUUUUUUGUUUUUUUUUUUUUUUUACUGGUGCUUUCAUUUAUUAGAAAUCAGUGUUAUGUGUUUUGUAAGAUAUGCCUAUAUAUAUAUAUAUAUAUAUAUAUAUAUAUAUAUAUAUAUAUAUAUAUAUAUUUAGAGAUCAAGAACCUUAAUGCAGCUUAAAUGUUGGGUUUAUGUAAAUUUCAAGUAGAGAACACCAGCAACACAGAGCUGUAAUGUAUUUUUGUAAAGGAUCACAAGUUCUGUUGGUGAAACCAUUGCACUCAGACAUAAAAGAACCACAAAAAAAAGCAUGGUGAAAUGGUGAAAGGUUUAAUGCACUUUCUCAAAGACUGACCAUCUUAACAGUACAUGGAGGACACCAGGCUUUAACCUGAGAGCACAGAACAACCAGAAAGACUCUACAAUAUUAUCUAAAAUAUAUCUAAAAUACUCCUGGAUAAGGAGGUUACAGUCCUAAAGUCCAGAUUUUUUCCAUUGCCCUUAUUUUUAAAAUACUAUUCAGAUUUUUAUGCAUUAGUAAUUGUCUAGAAGAAGGUGUUUGUUUUCUGUUUAAUUGCACAACACAACAUUUAGGUUUACAGUAUUACACCCUGCUUGAGCACAUUUUUUUAGUCACGUUGUUGAGAGAUUAUAAGGUGAAACUGGUUCAUGGGAAUGGUUUUGGUUCAUUCCGCAGCUGUAUUUAGUUUACAUAUAAUGCAUACACAUGCACACGAGCACGUUCACAAGAUUUUCUGAACCAGCAGUACAUCAGCCUGGGAUAUUAGCAGAUCAGAGGAAACUCUGGCCGUUGUGAACCUACAAUCAGAACCAAGUGCUGCUCUGUGUCCGUACUCGUCCUCUCGCUCUUUAUUUUGGAAACAGAAAAAUGUCUGAUUUUUAUGGCUGAGGUAAAAUAUGUUGAUCUCUGGACUGGUUAUACUGAAAUGCAUAAAAUGCUGUUUUUUUUUAAUCCAUUGGAGGUGUUGAAACAAUUCUGGCUUCUGGAAAGCCAAGAAGCUGUUAUGAAAUAAACCUUUGUCAAACCUG